AUGAUGAAUAGACUACUCUUGCGUCCCUUUUCCAAAAAUGCGAGAUUACUAGCAUUAUCUGAUGUACAACUGACACUCUUCUCGAAGCCUAAUUGUGGACUUUGCGAGGAGGCAAAGGAAAACCUGCAAGAACUUCUCGAUGAUGAGAAGCUGAAAUCGGCCCAUAUUAAGUUGAAAGAGGUUAAUAUCAAUGAGUUGCAGAACCAAAAGUGGUGGAAGGCAUAUUGUUUCGAUAUUCCUGUCCUUCAUAUAGAAAAUACCGCAAAUAAGGAUUUAAUAGAAAAGGUCUUCCAUCGCAUGGAUGAGGAGGAAAUAUUGGGUAAAAUCAACAAGGUAAAGUGA